AUGGAGGUCGCCACGACCGCAAAUUUCUAUUGCUCCCGGCGUCAGGCGAGCCCCUCCCGAUCGGCGCCGGGUCCUCAUCCGGGCCGGUCCCGGCUUACCUACGACCGCGCUCUACGAACCCCGGUUCCAUACCGAUCCCACCUCAACGACCCUGCCCUCCGCGCCCUCCCCACCCACCGAAUACCAAGGCAACAGCGCCAUCGGCCCCGGCGGCACGCAGUACCGCGACUCCCCCACUUCCGCAUCUUCGCCGCGCCCUCCCCCGACGUCGCCGACGCCAUGAUCCGCUCCCUCGAGUCCGCCUACGCCUGCUUCGUCGAGGACCUCGGCUGGCGCUCCACGGGCCUCUCCUUCCGCGACGCGGCGGACGCGGGGCCCUGGACCAAGGUCAACGUGUACAACGUCGGGACGGGGCUCGGCGCCGCCGCCAACACGGGCACGGACGAAGGCUUCGGCAUGUCCUUUAUCAACGUCGAGGCCGCCUACCUCACCACCCCGAGCGUGACGGUCCACGAGUACGGCCACUGCCUCACCUACGCGGCGGGCGCCUGGAUCGAGCAGUGGAACACGGGCGCGUGGUGGGAGAGCGUGGCGAAUUUCGUCGCCGACCUGUGGCUCACGUCGGACCUUCAUUGGCGACUCGUUCCAGGUCAUCGUCGACGGUACCCCAACACGGGCAACUACUACCAGGCGUGGCCGUUCCUCUACUACAUCUACGCUAACCCGGACGAGUUCCCCGGCCUCGGACGAGCCACCUUCCCCGGCGUGUGGACCCAGUACGAGCCCAACAGCCAAGUCACCCCGCUGCACGUCAUCCAGAAGCUCGCCGGCACCACCCGGGUUCAGGACGUCGUCGCCAAGUACUGGGCCCGCAUGGCCUUCCUCGACAUCGCCCACCCCAAGGCCCAGGCUCUCUUCGAGAGGGACCGCGCCCGCCUCAACUACCAAAACCUCGACCCCGCCGGCGCCGCGGGCACGUACCGCCCCAAGGCUGCCCGUCGGCCGCAGUACAUGGGCGCCAACAUCAUUCCCCUCAAGGGCACCGGCGGUGGGCCGGUCUCCGCCAAGAUCACCGCCUCGGCGCCCUUCUCCGCGACCCUGGCCAUCCGCGCCGCCGACAAAAAGACGGUGCAGUACGUCGAGCUUGUCGACGGCGCGGCCGAGGCCACGGUCGACGCGGGUAGCGAAGCCAUGCUGGUCGUCGUCAACACCCCGGCCGAGAUCCUCAACUUUGACCCGUUCAAGCUGACGGAUGUGGAGAGGCAGGCCCUGGAUUACACGCUGACCUUGACGGGUGCAACGGCGUGA